UGAGAGCUAUUGUGAUAUCAGUUUUCUCCUGUUUUCCGGUUCAAGUGACGUGAAAGAAAUCUAUCAGAAAAUGUUCUCUCAAAGAAGCCAACUGCUGGAAAAGCUUAUCUGCGUCAUCGUGCUUUGUGUGGUGCUGACAUCGUCGCUUUCGUACGCACAAGUCACCUUCUCGCGCGAUUGGAAUGCAGGCAAGCGGUCACUGGCGGAAGCGGUCCAACCGACAAGCGAAUGUGCUGUCAUCUGGCGCUCGAUGACGAACUUAUGUGCUGCCGUGACGAAAAACAUUCAACACCUUACGUUGUGUGAGGCUAGAGCACUGAUCAAGAAUAUACAGAAUGAUGAUUCUUCUAUGGAAAACAACAGCGGGAAUAAUCUUCCAAUGUUUGCGAAUGGGCACCUGUAACUUGAGCAUAACUUGUAAAAUUUACCACCGAAAAGACGACUGGAUGGAUUUGAAAAUGUCUAAAAUAGCAUCGACUGUUAGAAAGU